UGUCUGGGGCUCAGACCAGGAGCCCCCUGACUUCUGCAUCUUGCAGCCUUCCUUGCCCAGCCCUGCUGUGAGGUGUGCUGGUGACCAGGAUGGUGACUGUCCUUUGUCUGGGGCAGGGGGAAGGGGAUUCUGCUCACACACUGGGGUGUCAGGCUUUAGUGAACCCUGAGGGACCCGGAUUCUCCCGGAGAAGUGGGUCAGGCUCUGACCUGGCCUGAAGAGAUCUGCCUUGGCCCUGCCUAGGGUUUGCCGCUUACCCCUGGGGGCCUCAGUGACCUCUGAGGUUUCCGCCUCUGACCCCUGGGACCCCCAGUGACCUCUAAGGUUCCCCCUCUGACCCCUGGGGCCCACAAUGACCUCUGAGGUUCCCCUCUGACCCCUGGGGCCCCCAGUGACCUUUGAGGUUCCCCUCUGACCCCUGGGGCCCCCAAUGACCUCUGAGGUUCCCCCUCUGACCCCUGGGGCCCCCAAUGACCUCUGAGGUUCCCGCUGACUCCUGCACACAGGCUGACCUCUGAGUGUCCUGCUAUCUUUAUGUACCUCACUGGUCUCUGGGUUCCCCUGGCCCCUGCGCUUUUGCCGCCCCCAGGCCCUCGCUGACCCCGACUCUCCUGCAGGUUUGGCGCCAUGACGCCCCUCCCAGCGCUCUAGACCACAGGCUGGCGGCCGGCAGGGCGCACUCUCCCACCCGCCAUGGCUGGGGACCGGCUGCCCCGGAAGGUGAUGGACGCCCGCAAGCUGGCCAGCCUGCUGCGAGGCGGCCCCGGGGGCCCACUGGUCAUCGACAGCCGCUCCUUCGUGGAGUACAACAGGGGCCACGUGCUCAGCUCCGUCAACAUCUGCUGCUCCAAGCUGGUGAAGCGCAGGCUGCGACAAGGCAAGGUGACCAUCGCCGAGCUCAUCCAGCCGGCCGCCAGCACCCAGGUGGAGGCCACGGCCCUGCAGGACGUGGUGGUGUAUGACCAGAGCACGUGGGACGCCAGCGUGCUGGCCGCCGACAGCUUCCUCUCCAUCCUGCUCAGCAGGCUGGACACCUGCUUCCACAAUGUGGCCAUCCUCACCGGCGGCUUUGCCACCUUCUCCUCCUGCUUCCCUGGCCUGUGUGAGGGCAAGCCGGCCGCCCUGCUGCCCAUGAGCCUGUCUCAGCCCUGCCUGCCGGUGCCCAGCGUGGGCCUCACCCGCAUCCUGCCACAUCUCUACCUGGGCUCGCAGAAAGAUGUCUUGAACGAGGACCUGAUGACCCAGAACGGGAUCAGCUACGUGCUCAACGCCAGCAGCUCCUGCCCCAAGCCUGACUUCAUCUGUGAGAGUCGCUUCCUGCGCAUCCCCAUAAACGACAGCUACUGCGAGCGGCUGUUGCCCUGGUUGGACAAGUCCAUCGAGUUCAUCGAUAAAGCCAAGCUGUCCAGCUGUCAAGUUAUCGUCCACUGUCUGGCAGGCAUCUCCCGCUCGGCCACCAUAGCCAUCGCCUACAUCAUGAAGACCAUGGACAUGUCCUCCGAGGACGCCUACAGGUUCGUGAAGGACCGGCGCCCGUCCAUCUCGCCCAACUUCAACUUUCUGGGCCAGCUGCUUGAGUACGAGCGCAGCCUGCAGCUGCUGGCCGCCCCCGGGGCCCCCGCGCCCCUGCCCGGCCCCGCCGCGCCCCCGCCACCCACCGCCCCCGGGGCCGCCCCUCACCCGCCCGCCGCCGAGCCCCCGGGCCCGGGCACCUGCGCGCUGCAGCGGGGCCUGCGCGGCCUGCACCUGUCGGCCGAGCGUCUGCAGGACGCCAACCGCCUCAAGCGCUCCUUCUCGCUGGACAUCCGGUCAGCCUACGCGCCCAGCCGGCGGACCGCGCCCCCCGCAGCCCCCGCGCCCGCCGACGCCCCCAAGCUGGUCCGGCUGGACGGCCCGGCGGGCGGCGCACUCGGCCUGCCCUCACCCGGCGCCCCCGGCCCCGACGGCGCGCCCGACCCGCCGCGCCCACGGCCGCGCCGUCGGCCCCGGCCCCCGGUGCCCGGCCCGGGCCUGGACUGCGGCGACGGUCCCCGGCAGACUCCGCGCCACGGGCUCUCGGCCCACUCGGCGCCCUCGCCGCCCGGGCCCGGCCAGCCCCCCGCGCCCGCUGGCUGGGCCCCGCUGGACUCGCCGGGCACGCCAUCCCCGGACGGGCCCUGGAGCCGGAGCCCCGAGGGCGCGCAGAGCCCGGGCUGGGCCGUGUGCGGGGAGCCGGGCCCCGAGGGCCCCUGGAGCCGCAGCCGGAGCCCCGAGGGCGCGCAGAGCCCGGGCUGGGCCGUGUGCGGGGAGCCCGGCCCCGACCCGCUCCAGGUGCAGCGGCGCCGCUGUCAGAUGCAGUUCGAGGAGGGCAGGGCCGAGGCCCAGGCCCGGGGGCGCAGCGACGCUCUGGGCGCCCUGGGCGCGCAGCCCAGCUUUCCCGGCAGCGUGGAGGUCAUCCAGGUGUCCUGACCCGGCCGCAGGGAGGCCUUGGGCUGCUGGCUCGCCGCCCUGCCCUCGGCCGGUCUAGACCGAGACACGUUUCGAAGCAAUAUGAGGCCACCUGCAGCCUGAGCAGCGAACACUGCUGAGGGCCCUUGAGGCCGCAGGCUGCCCUGCACUUUUACAUAAGAAAAAGGGGAAAAAGGAAAAGGAAAAAAAAAACAAAAAACACAAAACUUUGCCACAAACUGAGCCGCAGACCCACCUGCCCUUCUUCGCUCUGUCCUCACCCUCUGCCUCACCCUCUGCCUCACCCCUUUCCUCUGUUUUUCCGGUACCUGCACCACUGGGAGCUGGGCUAGAGCCAUUUGGGCUCUGCCAGCCACCACAAGGCGCCCCAUGUCUCUCUAGGCAGGGAAGGUCUUGAUUAGGAGGCCCCGGGGGGGGGGGUCUUGAUUAGGAGGCCCCGGUCUUGAUUAGGAGGCCCCUGCAGGAACCCCCAAGCCGGCCCGAGCGAGCCCCUGGCCCAUUCCGGAUUCAGCGGGGCACAGCGUCUCCCCUCCACUGCGUCUCCGUCUCCGGGGUUUCCUGCUGAGUGGGGGCCCCAGGAAGGAAGACAGCUGGCCUGAGCGGUGUGGGCAGGGGGAUCCCUGCAGGGGUGUGUGUGUGUGUGUGAGGGGAGGGGCCCAGGUGCUGAUGCGGGAGGCCCCGAAGGGGCAGGGAGGCUGUUCAGGAGCCGUCUAGAGCAGCUAAGGACCCCCCAGGCCGGCACGUCGAGCACGGCUGUCCUUCCCCACAGGGCUCACGGCAGACAGGGAGCUUAGGCCUCCUGCCUCCCUCCCCCAGUCUGCUGGAGGCAACAUGUCUGCCCUCUGCCCCUUCCAGCCCAGGUGGCUUGGUUUGGGGGACUCAGAGAAAGCCCCUCCCCCAGAGGGAGGACCAGAGCUUUUACAGGCAGGAUCCCAGGUCCCCGAGUUGAGGAGUGGGGGCCCCAGGCUGGCGGGGGGACCUGCCCCCUCCACCCAUGUUUCUUCUGUUUCCUUUUGAUCUCAGCUCUGUCCCUGUCACGCCCUUCUGCACAAGUCCUGUCCCCACCCACCCCUCCUGUCCCUGAGAACAUAAGCUAUCAUUGUUGUACUUGCAAUCCCUGGAGUAGAAGCCUGAGUAUUUAUUAUUAUUGGUUAAUUAUUAUUAUUAUUAUUAUUAUUAAUGAUUAUGUAAAUUUGCCUCCUGUCUGUCUGUUGUAUUAGAUUGCUACGGGACCCGGCGUGUGGAGGGUGCACGGGUCCCCUCUUCCACGCCCCCUACCCCAUGCUGUCCAGGAGACAGUGGUCUGGGGCCGCUGGUUGGGCCCCAAACUCUGGAGGCAGGUCCCGGUCCGCCCCCCACCCCCAGGCUCGGAGUCAGUAAGCUGUGGUGGUCCUCCAUGCUGGGGGCCACGCCUGAGCCCUCCUACCGGGCCCGUCUGCAGGCCCUCCUGCCAAGCCCGUACCCGGUGAGGGGGUUCCCCCAGACUGGACUGACCCCUUUUUUCUGGGAAGUCCAGCAGAGGAGACACCCAGCUCCUGUCCUGUCUCUCGGGCCUGGGCCUCAGGCCCCCUCAUGGCCACGGCGCCAGCCCCCCUCUUUUGUAUCUGGAAGCAAUGUGUUGUAAUAAAUCCCCCACAGACGUUUU